GCUACUCCGCCUCUCUAUUGCUACGGGCUACAAGGGAAGUCAGUCAAAGUACAGCCUGGAGUAUCCGUAGUCCCAUUGGGCCCACAAAUGCCAAUCAGACCAGCCAGCGCUCGAAUCCGCCCCCGCGAGGCGCCCCGCCUCUCCUCUCUUCUCUGCCAGCGCGCGGAGACUGCAGGCUCCAGUGCAAAAUCCUGCGGGAGAGGGGGUGGGGCGACGGCUGUGGCGGCAGCGCGCCCGUCCGCAGCCUCGUUGUGACUCCUAGGUCUCCCGCGGCGGCGGCGGCGUUGCUCUCCUCGGUGUCUCCCGCGCACUCCAGCCGCCUCCUAGCGGCGCGGCGCCCGCUUCUAUGCUUAAAAUGACGAAUGUGUGAUUUCAGUGGAAUAAAUGGCGUCCAAAGUCACUGAUGCUAUAGUCUGGUAUCAAAAAAAGAUUGGAGCCUACGAUCAACAAAUAUGGGAAAAAUCUGUGGAACAAAGAGAAAUUAAGUUUAUUAAACUGGGUUUAAGGAAUAAACCAAAGAAAACAGCGCAUGUGAAACCAGACCUCAUAGACGUUGAUCUUGUAAGAGGGUCUGCAUUUGCUAAGGCAAAACCUGAAAGUCCUUGGACUUCACUGACUAGAAAGGGAAUUGUUCGAGUUGUGUUUUUUCCCUUUUUCUUCCGGUGGUGGUUACAAGUAACAUCAAAAGUCAUCUUUUUCUGGCUUCUUGUCCUUUAUCUUCUUCAAGUGGCCGCAGUAGUAUUGUUCUGCUCCGCUUCUAGCCCACACAACAUACCUCUGACGGAAGUGAUCGGGCCCAUAUGGCUGAUGCUGCUGCUGGGCACGGUGCACUGCCAGAUUGUUUCCACCAGAACGCCCAAACCCCCUCUAAGCACAGGGGGCAAAAGAAGAAGGAAAUUAAGGAAAGCAGCCCAUUUGGAAGUACAUAGGGAAGGAGAUGGUUCUAGUACCACAGAUAAUUCACAGGAGGGAGCAGUUCAGAGCUACGGUACAAGCACUACGUACAGCGUUGGCGCUGUCUUCAGAGACCUCUGGCAUGCCGCUUUCUUUUUAUCAGGAUCGAAGAAAGCAAAGAAUUCAAUUGAUAAAUCAACUGAGACUGACAAUGGUUAUGUAUCCCUUGAUGGGAAAAAGACUGUUAAGAGCAGUGAAGAUGGAGUACAAAGCCAUGAACCUCAGUGUGAAACUAUUCGACCAGAAGAGACCACCUGGAACACAGGAACACUGAGGAACAUACCCAGCAAAGAUACCCAAAGGACAAUAACAAAUGUCUCUGAUGAAGUCUCCAGUGAGGAAGGUCCUGAAACAGGGUACCCAUUACGCCGUCAUGUGGACAGGACUUCUGAGAGCAUUCUUCGGAAUAGAAAGUCACACCAUUAUAAGAAACAUUACCCUAAUGAGGAUGCCCCUAAAUCGGGUACUAGUUGCAGCUCUCGCUGUUCAAGUUCCAGACAGGAUUCUGAGAGCACAAGGCCCGAAUCUGAAACAGAAGAUGUGUUAUGGGAAGACUUGUUACAUUGUGCAGAAUGCCGAUCAUCUUGUACCAGUGAGACAGAUGUGGAAAAUCCUCAUAUUAAUCCAUGUGUGAAAAAAGAAUAUAGAGACGAUCCUUUUCAUCAGAGUCAUUUGCCCUGGCUCCAUAGUUCCCACCCAGGAUUAGAAAAAAUAAGUGCUAUAGUGUGGGAAGGCAAUGACUGUAAGAAAGCAGACAUGUCUGUACUUGAAAUCAGUGGAAUGAUAAUGAACAGAGUGAACAGCCAUAUACCAGGAAUAGGAUACCAGAUUUUUGGAAAUGCAAUCUCUCUAAUCCUAGGUUUAACUCCAUUUGUUUUUCGACUCUCCCAAGCUACAGACUUGGAACAACUCACAACACAUUCUGCUUCAGAACUUUACAUGAUUGCAUUUGGUUCUACUGAAGAUGUCAUAGUUCUUUCUAUGGUUAUUAUAAGUUUUGUGGUUCGUGUGUCUCUUGUGUGGAUUUUCUUUUUUUUGCUCUGUGUAGCAGAAAGAACUUAUAAACAGCGAUUACUUUUUGCAAAACUCUUUGGACAUUUAACAUCGGCAAGGAGGGCUCGAAAAUCUGAGGUUCCUCAUUUCCGGUUGAAGAAAGUACAGAACAUAAAAAUGUGGCUAUCUCUCCGGUCCUAUCUUAAGCGUCGAGGUCCUCAGCGAUCAGUUGAUGUAAUAGUUUCCUCUGCUUUCUUGUUGACUAUCUCAGUUGUGUUUAUCUGUUGUGCCCAGUUGCUUCAUGUGCAUGAGAUCUUCCUUGAUUGUCACUACAACUGGGAACUGGUAAUCUGGUGCAUCUCGUUAACACUUUUUCUCCUAAGAUUUGUUACUCUUGGAUCAGAAACAAGUAAAAAAUAUAGCAAUACCUCAAUAUUACUAACAGAACAGAUAAACCUAUACUUGAAAAUGGAGAAGAAACCUAACAAAAAAGAGGAACUGACACUAGUGAAUAAUGUUUUAAAACUGGCUACUAAACUGCUAAAGGAAUUGGACAGUCCCUUUCGAUUAUAUGGGCUGACAAUGAAUCCUCUGCUUUAUAACAUCACCCAGGUUGUCAUCCUGUCAGCCGUUUCUGGUGUUAUCAGUGACUUGCUUGGAUUUAAUUUAAAGCUGUGGAAGAUUAAGUCAUGACAAUUCAGAGAAAAGAAGAUGUAGCCUCUUUUCCAGAAUAAGAGUACCAACUAAGCUGCCUGAAAGCAGUCACUGACUCUGCUUCAGGGUCUCAGCUGGGAAAUUGAAGUGUUUACAUCAGACUGUCUUGUGCAAUUCUUAUAUUUAUUUUACUUGUUCACUGUUUUUUUUUUUUUACAUUUAUUUUAGUCUUUAUAUUUUAUUUGUAGCAUUGAUGUACUUAGUUGUUGAUGAAAGGGUGAUAAAACUGAUAUCCAGAUACUUGAGAUCCUGGUAAUUGCUCACAAAUAAUUUACAAAACAACAAAUCGUGAGAAUAGGAGCCAUUGCUAAGCACUGUUUCUCCACCGGUGCUGUGAACUUGCCUUACUUGAGGAAACUUCUUUAACUUUGGAAUAUUGCAUUGGACUCUGCUAGACACAUAAAGCAUUUUCUUCAGUAAAUCAACAUCCAGUCAGGGUUUCUUUUGAAUUAUUUUGGAACAAUGCCAGGAUCUAAACUGAUUAAGCUGCAGUUAAGCACCCUUCAGUAUUAAUAUAUAUGGUAUUACAUAACAGGUCAACAAAGUGCUCUUUGAUAAAACUCUUAAUAGAGCAAUAAGUGUAAAUGGGUACCAUACUGUAAGAUAUUUUGAUAAAAAUUUACUAGUAAUAAUUGUAUUUAUUUGAAACACUGGGCUGUUUGCACAGCUCUAACUGUGCAUGCUCAAAAUGUGCACUUUUUAAACUUGUUACUUUUAAUGCGUAUCUUUAUAUGGGAUAUGUUAUAGUGUACUAGGGCAUGAUAUGGUAUCCUUUUGAGUGAGGUAUAUACUCAUCUCACAAGUGAAGUGCCUACUGAUAUUACUAAAGUACAUUAUGUUUACUCAAGUAUAAUAAUUUUCUCCCCAUGGUACACUAUAGUGUCUGCUGUUCAUGCCACACUCAAAUGAACAAUUUAACAGUAAGGUAAAAAACCAAUAAAAUAUUCCCCUGAUUGAUAGUUGUAAAAGCACUGUAUACCCAAAUUUUCAAAAAAGACAACUUAAGCUUGCAAAUUCUGUCCUCCAAACCUAGUCUGGUACAUCCCUCCCUCCCCCCUCCAAUUAUAUAAGGGCUAUUUUAGAUGCUUUUAACCUGGAAAGUUAACCACUUCCACCCCCAACCCCCAAAUAAUUUGCCAAGUGUCCAAAUGAGAACUUAUCAUGUUGGCAUGUUAGGCAAAUAGGGCAAAUACGGUAGUAUCUUACAUUGGACCUUGAUUUUAAGUUGUUAUAUUUGUACAAUCAAGAAUACUUUAGGAAAUAAAUGAGACAUGAAAUGUUUUUGCCAUUUUUUUAAAACUGAGCAUCUAGUUUCUAAAACAAAGAAUUUAUUUGAAACAAUCUAGAACUUUUGGUGCAAGAUGUAUCGUGUUGAAUAUCCUCACAUUUUUAAACCACAUUUUAGGGGAUUUAAAACAAUUAAUUGUAAAUGUCUUAUUUGGUGCAGUUCUAAUCCCCAAAUCACAAUCUUAAGAUCAGGAAUGUGUAGAGAACAGAGCCAUGUCAUAAUAUCACUUUGCUCCUACCAUUCCUUUUGAUCAACCUCAAUCCAGCCUCUCUAGUAUAUUUUCUUUCUGUAGAAAACAACAAAAGCAUUUUGUUUUAUUUGCCUGUGUUCUACUAUGUUUAAUAAUGACCAAAGUGCAUUCUGAGUUUUUUCAAGGAAUGUAUUACUGGAGCUUUAAGAACAUACUUAUUUUCUCAUGUGAAAAAUUAGGCUGUGUCUGAUAUGUUUCUUCUUCUAUUGUCUAAUAUUGAGGUUGUUUUUAGGAAUUAUAUUUUAUAAACUUUUUCAAAAUAAGGUACAUACCUAUACAGAACUUAACAUUUUGCACAGACAAUGUCAAAUAUAUUUUGAGAAAAAAAAGUACAGCAUGAGUUCUGUUAGGAAUAAAAGAUGAAACUAUUGUAUCACACACACACGCACACACACACAAACUUAUUUCAGAAUGGAAAUAUUUUUGAGAAAAGUAGCUGAGUAUACAGAUUUAGGAAAAUGCUUGUUUUGGAUUGGAGUUCAUUUAAACUUAGAGGUGGGAGUUGACUUACUGAGUACCGUAUACCUCUCAACAACUUAUUAAUAUUACGUUGAAUGAUUUCAUUAAUGUGGGCAGCAGUAGAAUUCUAAAGGGAAAAAGUUGUUAUUUUAAGCAAUUUCAGAACAUUAAUGGAAGUGUUUUCAAAGCAAAAAAAAAAAAAAUUGACAUUGCUGCCUUUAAAAAUACCAUAAAUGUAAGAAAUUGAAAGAAAUUGUAACAUAUAAUAUAGAAAAGGCAGUUCAAAGAUAGAAUUGUGGCAGAUGUUGUGUGUUAACUGUUUUUUUGCCACAUGUGUGGCAUUUGAAAGUUUGAACAGCAAGUUUAAAAUAAACCAUUCUAUGACUGACAGUGUUAAAUUUAAACUGGAGGUGUUUUUUAAAAAUUUUUCAAGUCAUAUACAUGUCUACGGAGAUUUUGUACUGCCUAUAGCAUAAACUUUAGUUUUAACUAUUAGAUUUGAGUGGAGUGGAAAUAAAUUUUUUAAAACUUCCCAACAAUCAAAUUUUGUUAUGAUUCUCAGAACAUGAAAGCAUAAUAUAUACACCGACCUUUUAUCACCAGAAUUUUAUGACGUCAUUAAUGUUUGUUUGCUUGUUUGUUUGCAUCUAAAUACUGAAAACUGGCUAUAGCCUGAGGGACUAACACUCAUUUUCAGAGGAUAGUGGUGUUUCUAAUCAGUUUUUCCAUGAGAAUUCAGCCUGAGAGGUCAUGGCCGACAAUAAGGUGGGUAAGCAUUCUGAUUGGCACAAAUAUGCAUAGGACUUAAAUUAAUCAGGGACAAUUAAUUCCAGUACAUUUUCAAA